AUGCAUGCGAAAGAAGGUCAGGACUUUUAUGAAACAAUUGGACCUGAAGGCGCUGUUCGUAGAGAACGCAAGUACGGAUAUCCGUUUUGUGACGUUUCCCCAGACCGAUUUCCCUUGCAAGCCAAGUUAUCUACCACAUACUAUCCACCGCAGCAAGGGGUGAAAGCUCCUGGUCGCUACGGCCAACUGUGGCUAGGCGCCCGUGCCCGAAUGCAGCCAGGAUGUUAUCCUCCACUACAGUGGUCAUCUUAUGAAGGCAGCCACCAAAUACAUUUGCAUCAGAGCAACAAGGACCGGAUAUUUACCCAGGUUAUCGUUCUCAAGAGUGUCAGGUUAUCCUCACUUGCACGAAACCACAUGUUGGCUAUCCUUCAACCGCAACCAGCGCAACCUCUUCGGCUAGACACGGCUGAUGCAGCUACUCCGCUAUGCAUCAAGAUAAGUGUUGUUGAUGAUGCGAAUGUGGAAGAGGCCAGUGGUUGA